CAAGAAACUGUGAGGCGUACGAAAAGCAAAACUUUUUCUCGUUAUUUCUAUUAUUUUACUUCCCCCACGUGAGAGGCUAUUUUGUAUCCUGCGUCAUUUUCCAAGCAUUGAUCCUACUGCGAAUCGGGAAGACAUGAAGCGGACCGGCUGCUGGCUCCUGGUGGGCCUGGUGAUCUGGUCUGUUAUCGACGGCGUGGCGGCGACUGAAGUCCACUCUUUCUGCUCCAAGACCUUAUCAGAACCCUGGGACACGUGCGUGCCCGACAACAUCAAGGUUCGUGACAUUUCAAAUCACACCAUUACUUGCCUCUGUAUGCCUUGCUGGCUUGGAGUCCAGGAAGGCCUUGACUGCGCUUCGCUAUCGAAGUACGGAACCUUCCCCGCUGCCCGGUGGAUCGCCCUACGAGGCAUCCCCAUCGGAAACCUGUCCUUGCAAACCCUGAGCGCCAUCCAUCCAUCUGCCCUGACGGUCCUUGUUCUUAUAGAUGCAGAAAUAAGCGCGAUCGAAAACAAAACAUUCGCUAGAUUCUCACAAUUGCGAUCGUUACAUUUAGAUUAUAAUGCUUUGCCGCAGCUGAAAGGUGCUUGGUUCUCUGGCUUAAACACAUCGCAGAAAUCUCCAGCCUACCUAUCCAUUUCUCAUAACCGUAUUUCUGAACUAGAAAAUGGCUGUUUCCAAGAAAUCUCAUAUCUUACAAUGCUAGAUUUGUCCCACAAUCUUCUGUCAGAAGUAGCGAGUGGAUGGUUCCGUGGUCUUGCCUUCCUACACACACUGAUUCUGAGUCACAAUAAGAUUGAAGUCGUUUCCGCCACCUCCUUAGAUUCUCUUCACGAUUUACGAGUUCUGAACUUAAGCUACAACCCCCUGACGUGCCUCAGCGAGAGAGCUCUUUCUGUGCCGUCACUGCAAACAUUUAGAGUCAGUGGAGAGCGUGUCAUUUCCUGGGAGCAAGAUAACAAAGUGAACUGGACUUUUAUCGUGGACAAAACUGGUUUUCCGCCAAAACAGAAGGUUCACAUUUAUAUUGAUAACAUCGGUUUUUGCCUCACGUAUUCAACAGUGACAAAAGACUUUCAAGUCAAACGGGCUAUUGUGGACCGGCGUGAGUUCAAACCUACUAACAACGAGGAACAAGAACCGGGGAUAUACCCGUCGACUACGUUUGGUGCCCUAACAAUCCGGCCACCGGUUGUUUUAAUAAGUGAUUGGGCAAAGACUGAUAUUGACGAGCCACUAAGUUUGUAUGCUGGCCCGUGUUCUGAAGCUUGGACCAAACAUGACGGGAUAACUUUAGCCCUGAAAGAUGGCGUGGCGUUGAAGCUUGCAAAGAUGUCACAACAUAACAGAAGUAUUGCUUUGGUGUUUAGCUACGUAAAAAAUCAGCACUUGAAGGACAAGGAGACAACAACUGACCACACAAGUUCUAAAGAACAGGCCAGAAUGACAAAUAUAUCUUGCUUUGUAUUUCGUGGUAUAUAUCUUUUCAAGCCGAUCCGUUUUAGUGGAGUGGACAGAAUGGUUAGCUCAGAAUGUCCUGAUUCAAAUUUACCCAAAUAUUCCACAGAAGCACACGUAGAAACUGUAGAGGUCUGGACUAAUCAGGCCACUGCUGCUACAAAAGAACACUUUAGAAGCACUAGUGUGACAACAACAUUGCCAACUUCCAAACGGGACUAUGUGGUCCAAUACGCCAUACCACUAGUCAUUUCGUCUGUGCUCUUAGUUUUAGCCUUGGUGAUGGUCUACACGAACAUGGGUAGCGGACAUGUUGCUCAAAAUGUAAGAGAUUCUACUAACCAGUCGCGCCCUACCCAGUCUAGUAUGGUUGUACCAAAUUGUGUACUACACAAUACAGGGUUACCGGGGUCUGGUCUACGUCAGGAUGAUGACUUUUCAUCAGUUUCCGCCAACUCCUACUCCGACAUAAAAGACGAGGACGUAUACGACCCAUCUGUGACCCACGCCUACUCGGACAUCAAAGACGACGAGAUCUGUGAUAUUUCAGGCCGCGGUGCGAUAGCCGGGAACAACGAACAGAACAGCGCUGCUCAAAAUAUACAAGUUGCCUUGGCCCUUGUGCAACGUAGUCACCACGCCAUCGAUGUAACGCAGCUUGUAAGCAAUCCCAUGUAUAAAACAUCGGACCAAACUUUGGCACAAGCCUCCGGUGGUACUGACUCAACCGACCAAAGCACCAACCCCUGUUCUUCUAUCCUCUCAACUAACGACUACUCAGAAAUAAAGGACGAAGACGUUUAUGAUCUGUCUACAGCCCACAGCUAUUCCGAAAUCAAAGACCACGAGGUCAGUGAUAUUUCUGGCCAGGGCGCGUGGGUUGGAAAUAGCAAACUCAACAGCGCGGCCACCGACAGCUGUGUGCAUGUUCUCCAAGCUGUGGCCCAACUAUCCAGUGGUACUGACCUGUCCGAACAAAGCACCAACUGUCAUUCUUCUGUCCUCUCCACUAACGAAUACUACGAAAUGAAGGACGAAAAUGUUUAUGAUCUGUCUACAACCCACACUUACUCCGAGAUCAAAGAUGGGUAGGUCACUGGUAUUUCCAUCACACAUCCAUCCAAUAAAAAUCUUCCUUGUGUUAUGAUAGGACUAUAAUUCAAACUUGUGACAAAAAUGUGGUUGAAAAUGAGAGGAACAUCAGCAGAGAACUGAGUACAGAAUAACUGACUAUAUUACGUAAUCAGAAAAUGCUGUAAUGUCAUGUUAACUGCUGGCAAUGGAUUCAUACUUGCCGCAUUUAGAAAUUAAGUAACUGUUAUUGUAAAUACAUGUAUAUUCAGACAUAAUAACAUAUUGAAACCAGGAUCUUAUUUACAGAAUUUAUGAGGAAAUGCUAGAAUAGCCUUCUUUGUUAUGAGAAAAUACACUGGGUGGAGAACAUUGUUAACUGAUAUAAUUCAUACAAAAUUUCCACAAUCAAUGAGGAACAUUUAUAAGCCGUCAGUUGUCAAAGUUUAGCAUUAUUUGGCGAAGGUAUGAAAUCACGGAACUCUAGUUUAUGGUUAAUUUAAAAUGUACUGUUCAGAAGCACCCCCUUGUGAUCUUAAGCCAAACUGCAAGAACCAAAAUCCAAAUAUUUUCUUGCCAACCCGUACAUGGGUGGACAUUCUAAAACCAUUUCCAUCGAGCAUUAAUUUUCAUUUUAGCUAU